AUUAGUAGUAUAUAAUUUUGAUUGUAUACUAUAUAUUUUAAAAUAUAAUAGGCAAGGACAAUUAAUAAUGGUUUCAAUUAUUCUUAGUAACAACUAUACUGGAUUAUUUUAUAAUUAAAUUUAGGGAUUAGAAAAUAUUGAUAGUGGAGAUUUUUUAUCAGAAACUGAACUUGAACAAGACGUUGAAACUAUUGGGUCAGAUGAGAAAGCUUGUUCAAAUAAUGUUAGCUUAAGUAAUACUCGUUCAAGUAAUGCUCAACCUGAUUCUGUGCUAAAUAAAAAAAGAAAGACAAAUCUGAGCUUAAUAAGUAUUAAAGGUUGUUUAAAUGAAGCGUGUGAUGUAAUGAAAUCAUUAUCUGAAAAAAAGGAAGAACGUAUGCGAAUUAUUUAGUGAGCUCAAUGCUGAAAAGUUAAGGGGUUUUGAUGAAAAACCGCGCUUUAUAUUUAUGAUAGAUAGACAGCUUUAUAUUCAAAGCAAAAAUGACUCCACUAUAUCAACCCCAAACUAUAGUUCCCAUUUCGAGAUCAUUAUAUAAAAACGUUAUUUCUAUAUCUGCAUCCACCUGUUUUAAUACGUUUAAUUACCCUGAAUAUUAUCUAAAAUCAGUUCUUUUCCAUUGUUCUUUCGACCACCCUCCACAAUAUCACAAAUUUCUCCAGACUUCCUCAAAUAUUGUUUGGUACAAAAUGCCUUUAGCAAAGAUCUAGUAGACCAGUUGUUACAAACAUCGUUGAUUAUAUUGUUACAGCUGAUCUCCAGCGUCUUGUUUUACUCACCCCAUUGCUCAUCCAGCACGGCAAAUCGAUGACCUCCGUGUACAGUUUAUCGUCGUAAGUCAGUCAGUCAAUUUUUGUUUUAUGUGUCAUUCUUUUUUGUAGCAAGCGCCUUUGCUUGAAUAGUAAAUUGUUCGGCCGUUGUACACCACAGUUUUUAUUAUUUGUUGUUGUACCCUUGUGCUCAAGUUCCCAUGUGCCCUUUCACGCUACCAGUGAUUAAAGCUAUGGUUUCCUAGAAAAGCGGUGCCGUUGUCUAGCGGCCGUCAUUUUACGGUUGUUAAUAACGGCCGUCUUUACGGUGACCAAUCUGUGGUUUCCUAGGAAGUAGUGCGACCGUAUUCAAUCGUAGUCACUUAAAAGUCAGUACUCACUCGAGAGUAGUUGAUCGCGCAUUGGUGAAAAAUGGACGAUUUGGACAUAGCGUUAUUAGUAUGUUUGGAUGACGAAGAGUCAUCAGAAGACGAAAACAAUCGUUUGGAGGAGAGUGUUAUGUUCAAAAAUCGUGAAACUGAGGGUGCAUUUCAAAUUUUAGUGCGUCGCCAUCUGCAGUGUAAUGACGAAAAAUUUAGGCAAUACUUUCGCUUAACACCAGUGUUAUUUGAUUAUGUAUUGAAUCACAUAAGAGAUGACUUAACUUCUAAACCGUAUAAUAGGCACAAAAAGCCCAUAUGCCCAGAAGAAAAGUUAUGUAUACUUGUCAGGUUAUUUAAAUGGAAAAAAUAUUAAAUUUUGAAAAUAUGGACAUAAGCCCCGAGGCAACCAGCUCUAGAAAUUUGGACCAAAUUGAUCAAGAAAAAAACAUACAAGAAAAAAUUGAAACAAANAAAUUAUUCAAGAAAAAAACAAUCAAGAAAAAAAUGAGACAAAAUUAAUUAAAAAAAUAAAAAUAAUAAA